CUACCUUGAGGGAAACCCACCUUGCUUUGAUUCUUUUAAAUACACUCAUGGUAAAACAUGUUUAAUGGGCAAAAACCAUGAACCUCCCCUUUUUCUCUUCCCUUGUGCAUUGCUUCAACACCAAGGUCUUGUGAUGUUUCUUAUUUCAGUUUAUAUAUAUUCCCUUGCUAAUUAUGGAUUAUUGGAUUGUUGGAGAGCCAAUUAAUGCUCUGAUAUGGCUUGGUUUUUAUUUAUUUGGCUUUUAUAUUUUAGAUAGAUAAUCCAUUUAAGUUAGCUCUGCUUGAGAGAAGAAUCAAAGAAGAUUUUUGUAAUGGUGUGUGUCAAUUUGGAAAUGAUGAUGGCAAGUGAGUUACAUGGAAUUCCAAUGAUGUUGGGUUCAAAGAGACCAUAUUUCCACCAUGACAAGGUUCUGUCUUCUUCGUUCUCAGUUAGUAAGGUGAAUUUAUUGCAUUCAAAGAAUGCAGCAUUUGGUUUUCCCUCAGGAAAAUUCUCAAGUGUUACUCAGAGAAAAACAACUAAAAGAUCUUUGGCUACUUCUACUCUUGCAGAUGUUGCAAAUGAAUUUAUGGCCCUUAGAUCAGCAAGACUUGGAGGGCCAGCAGCCAACUCAAAAACUGUUGCAUCCAUCAUAUUGUGUGGUGGAGCUGGAACUCGUCUAUUCCCUCUAACUCAAAAAAGGGCUAAACCUGCUGUCCCAAUUGGAGGAUGCUAUAGGCUGGUGGACAUACCAUUAAGUAAUUGUAUCAAUAGUGGAAUUAAUCAAAUUUUCGUCCUUACACAAUUUAACUCUCGGUCCCUCAACUGCCACAUUGCUCGAACGUAUAAUCUAGGAGGCUGCGUCAACUUUGGAGGUGGUUUUGUUGAGAUAUUGGCAGCAACUCAAACACCUGGUGAAUCAGGAAAUAAAUGGUUUCGGGGUACUGCUGAUGCUGUAAGACAAUUCCUUUGGAUGUUUGAGGAUGCUGAGCAUAAAAACAUAGAGAACAUCCUGAUAUUGUGUGGAGAUCAGCUAUAUCGAAUGGACUACAUGGAACUUGUGCAGAAGCAUGUUAAUUCAUGUGCUGAUAUAUCAGUAUCCUGUCUCCCAGUGGAUGCCAGUCGCGCCUCUGAUUUUGGACUAGUGAAGGUUGAUGAAAGAGGACGGGUACGCCAGUUCUUGGAAAAACCCAAGGGCGAAUCUUUAAGAUCUAUGCAUGUAGAUACAAGUGUUUUUGGAUUAUCAGCUCAAGAAGCCAGGAAAUUUCCAUAUAUUGCAUCAAUGGGUAUAUACGUGUUUAAAAUAGAUGUACUGCUAAAACUUCUCAGGAGUAGUUAUCCUAAUGCAAAUGAUUUUGGAUCCGAGGUCAUUCCAAUGGCUGCAAAAGAUUUUAAUGUCCAGGCAUGUCUUUUCAGUGGUUAUUGGGAGGAUAUUGGGACUAUAAAAUCUUUCUUUGAUGCAAACUUGGCUCUUAUGGACCAGCCGCCCAAGUUUCAGCUGUAUGACCAGUCAAGACCUAUUUUUACUUCCCCUCGUUUCCUACCACCAAGUAAAAUGGAGAAGUGCCAGGUAUUAAAUUCCUUGAUUUCAGAUGGUUGCUUUUUAAGAGAGUGCAGUGUUGAACAUUCCAUUGUUGGAAUCCGCUCAAAAAUUGAUUCUGGAGUGCAGCUAAAGGAUACAUUGAUGAUGGGUGCUGACUAUUACCAAACAGAGGCUGAAAUAGCAGCUCUUUUAGCAGCUGGAAAUGUUCCAAUAGGUAUUGGUAAAAAUACCAAAAUCAUGAAUUGUAUAAUUGACAAAAACGCAAGAAUUGGAAACAAUGUAAUAAUUGCAAACAAAGAAAAUGUACAAGAAGCUGAUAGACCCUCAGAGGGGUUUUAUAUUCGAUCAGGGAUCACAGUGGUGUUAAAAGACUCUGUAAUAAGCAAUGGUACAAUCAUUUAAUCAUGGAUGCUUAUCAAGAAGUCAUGGGAAAACACAGCAACAAAGACACAAACAGAGGAGGGUAUAUAAUAUACCAUCUUCAAACUUGUGCUCUGAAUAAAUUUGAAGUUCCUGGAAUAAGGUGGCACGUUUCAAAUUUUGAUUCUUAGAUCAUGGAUGUCAAGAAAGGGCACAUUCACUUGGUGGAACAAUUUUUGUCAGCUCAUUCAACAGAGGGAGCAACAAAAUUGUGCAGGCAAUCAAAUUCUUUAAUGGGUUUAUUUGUAUCGCUGCUAUAAGCCAAAAUGGUAAAUAAUGACAUGAGAUUAUUUGUAUCAUUGAAUUUUACUAUUCAAAUAUGAGAAAUGUACAUCUUGCGCAAAAAUAAAAGCAUAUAUCAAUGUGAUAUAAUAUAUAUGCACCGACAAUGUAAUUUUUUUUUACAUAUUUCUUACAAAAUAAAAAUACAUUAUUAUUGCAUAA